GCAUUAUUGACAGCGAUGUGCAGGCUGGGGACGCCUUCUUCUCCCUCUCCCUCUCCCGCCUCGGUCCCCAGUCCGCUACAGCCCUGUCUUCAGUUGACCGCCACGAUCUACCAUCUUUCUGUCUUCACACCUCCUCAUCAGCACCAUUCUAUCCUAACACAUCCUCUUCAUCCCCUGUGUUCGCCCUCUCUUCCUCUCUUGCACCACAAACAAAGAAGCACGCAAGCACACAAGUACACAAGCGCGCGACCAAGGAUACACAGCUCAUUUCUUUCGUUAAAGUAACCGUCCGUGCUCACUGCAACUGCAACCCUGCACCUGUUAUCGCCAAUGGCUGUCUCGUCCUCGGAGGCGGUGCCAAGUUCAAUCAACCGGCAGGCAGGGCCAAUCCAGCCUGCACAGAACGUGCAGGAUGUGCAUGAUAUGCAGCAGCAACACAAGCAGCAAAGUUCAUGCGUGCCAGAAAUCUCCCUGCCAUCAUCGCCCCCACCAUCGACUACGUCUGCGUCGGCGUCUGUGCUGUCUCCCUCGUUGUCGCCCUCAAAGCCAGCAGGGUCCACGUCUCCUGCAUCUCACCACCAUCAACAGCGCCAUCCUGCACACCAUUCUGACCCACGGCAGCUGAUGCCCCCGCUACAAAGCCCACCGCAGAUCGCAAUCCAAACUGCUUCUCUGCACUCCCAACUACCACCGUCCUCUCGAGCAACGAACCAACAAAGCGGAACCCAAUCGCACUCUGGUUAUAUCCCAGCAAAGUUUUCCACUUCUGCUCCCAACCCAUCGACUUCAUUUUACCCGUCUUCGUCCCCAUGCCUAUCAAACACAUCCUAUACAACGUCUCCAACCUUAACCUCAGCCUCGGGACACUUGGCCGUUCCUAGUCCUGAAAAGGAUCGCUCGAGACGGUGGUCUCUGACAGGACGAUUCUUUAAUGAUUAUCGACGGAAAAGCAGUUCAACAGAGCCCUCUCACAUGUCCGAUUCGACCAAACAGCGAAACAACAUCCAAGCAGUGGAACAGAGUACACGACAAGCGGGGAAUGGUGUCAGCGGAAUGAAGAGCAACGACAAAUCUCCUUCUGGUAGCAGCAAUGACAGCAGCAGUCGUCGAUCCAGCUUUGUGGAAUUCCCCAGAGCGUUUCUCUCAUCCUUUCGUCGACCCUCUUUUACGAGUUCGAGUGAUCCCAGCUAUACUCCCAACAGCAACGCGAUGGCAGCAGCUACGGCAGCAGUAUCAGCAUCGAUCGCUGCAGCGACCGGAACAUCACCCAGGGACGGAUAUCUCUACAAGGACAGACCAGCUCGCAUUGAGAUGGAUCGUGAUCGAAUGUUCUCGGGCGGUUGGUUGGGUGGACAAGCGCAAGUGACGAUGGCUAUACCCAAGGCACCCCCACUGGAUGCUCGCACAUUGGCCAUGAGAGCUCCACCCAAAAGCAUUCUGAAGAAGCGGGCGUCGGAUGUCGAGCAGAACGCGAUGGAUACCCAAAAUCAUGGCGUGGUUGCCCCUGUAGCGAUCAUUAGCGCUGGGGCUAAGAUCACAAAGAGGGAAAAUGAAGUGGAUGGAGUGGCGGUCGCCAGCCCUAGUCGGAAAAACUCUGACGCAGACACAACAUUGUUUUUGGCUGAUGAGAACGUCCAUCCGAUGGACAAUCCACAUAUUACACCGACCUCUGAUCACCGCGCCAAGCUCGUCACGAACUCUCCGCCACCAAGCCAUCCUCAGGCGCAUGCAAGUGUUACAUCUUCAAUUCCGUCAUGUUCCUCGACCUCCGAAGAGGAAGUAGAAGAAGAAGAGGACGAGGACGAGGAGGACGAGGAGGAGAGGGAAGGGGAGGAAGGGGAAUCUCUACCCGAUAUUUCGGGCAUGCCUAUCGGAGGGGAUGGAUUACCCACAGCGCGCGACGAUGUUUAUCUUAGUAGCAAGGAUACCAGAGACUCAAUAGCGAUUCAUGCAUCGACCUCACCACGUAAUGUCUCCACUCCAUCUGAUUCCGUACCGCCGGGGACGCAAUCCAACUCGAACAACCGGACGCAGGACCGUGAGUUGUCGCAGGCAGAGAUGUUGAAUGACGAGAUGAUGUCGGUCGGGGCACGCAGCCAAGGAUAUGACAGGUAUGGUGGAUCAGCAGCAACCUUAGGCGGCCGGAAUGUCCAAGCUCCCAAACAGCGAGCGAUUAAUUUCGCGGACAGGAUUGAGGUCAUCCCGGUGCAUCGGAAGUCGGAUUAUAACCGGCAAAGUGAUAAGCACGCGACGUUUUUGAACUUGACGCCGGAGCUGAAGAACGAGAUUCGCGGGGAGUUGAAUACCUUCAAGUUGAGGGAGAUGGCUGUGCAUGAGAACAGUGUGAGGAACACGGCGUUCCAUUAGAGGCAUCGUUUCCUGGUUGUUUUUUUUUUUUUUUUCGUGGUGGCUCUCUUCUGUGGGUGUAUCUUGUAGAUAAUCUAUCUAUUUAUCUAUCCAUCUGUCUGUCUGUCUGUCUGUCUG